UGAAAUGGAUGAGUUUGGCCUGAGUAUGAAUUGAAAGCCCCAGUCUUGUGAUGAGCUCUGCGUGGGCUCAGGGAUCCACCUGCAUGGAGCUUGUUGCAGGAUCGGGGUCUGAGCUCAGGAUUUGGCCAUUUUAUGUAGCAGUAUAUACACAGAAUAUGUUGACUGCCCUUUAGUGAUACAGUAGUUCUAAAUAUAGUGCUGCUAAGUACAGGAAAUCACACUACUGAGAGGAGGGGAAUUCUUCCCUGCCCUGGGGUUACAAAGCAAUCAUAACAUCCCCUUUGGGAAUACCUGGCCUAGGUCCCUGCCCUUGGGGAGUUGCCAGCAGGGCAGGCGUGCACGAGAAAAAAAACUUUGGAGGUAGUUAAUUAGGCAUGUAGUUAUGUAGCUGGAAGUGAUGGGGUUGCUUAGGUAUAAGUGAGGGCAGAAUAUUGUCUUCAUAUAUUGUGCUGUAGGUAGCAAUUGUAAUUCCCUCCAUUCAUGUUCAAUUUGUUUCUGUGGUAAAUUGAGACACUGGCAAUUGACCUUUACCACAUCACAACUGUUGUUAGCAAAUCUGCCAGGGUCUGACUCUGAGUAUGAAAUGAAUAUAGCGUUGAAUGAAGCCAGCAGCUAAAUUUGUGUCUUCAGACUGAUAAACAUCUUAGGUAUUAGACUGUAGAGGCACUUGGUGACUGCCUCGUUGUGCUGCUGACCUGUGCUGAAGACGUCCCAUGUCCCAUCGCAAGUUUUCAGCUCCCAGGCAUGGCCACCUGGGCUUCCUCCCUCAUAAGAGAAGCCGGCGUCACCGCGGGAAGGUGAAGACCUGGCCCAAGGAUGAUCCCAGCAAGCCAGUCCACCUGACAGCCUUUCUGGGCUACAAAGCUGGCAUGACGCACAUCCUACGAGAAGUUCACAGGCCAGGACUGAAGCUUUCCAAGAGGGAAGAGGUGGAAGCAGUAACAAUAGUGGAGACCCCACCCCUGGUAGUGGUUGGGCUUGUGGGAUACAUAGACACUCCCAGGGGCCUGAGAAAUUUCAGGACCAUUUUUGCUGAGCACCUCAGCGAUGAGUGCAGACGCCGCUUCUACAAGAACUGGCACAAGAGCAAGAAGAAGGCCUUCACCAAGUACUGCAAAAAGUGGCAGGACAAGGACGGGAAGAAACAGCUAGAGAAGGAUUUUGCAGCCAUGAAGAAGUACUGCAAGGUCAUUAGAGUCAUCGUCCACACUCAGAUGAAGCUGCUCCCUCUACGUCAGAAGAAGGCCCACGUGAUGGAGAUUCAGCUGAACGGCGGGACGGUGGCCGACAAGGUGGACUGGGCUCACGAGAAGCUGGAGAAGCAGGUCUCUGUGCACGCGGUCUUCAGCCAGAAUGAAACGAUCGAUGUCAUCGGGGUGACCAAGGGGCGCGGGAUGAAAGGGGUGACCAGCCGCUGGCAUGCCAAGAAGCUCCCAAGGAAAACUCACAAAGGCUUACGCAAAGUCGCCUGCAUUGGAGCCUGGCAUCCAGCCCGGGUGGGCUACUCCAUUGCCCGGGCUGGCCAGAAGGGCUACCACCAUCGCACAGAGCUCAACAAGAAGAUUUACCGUAUUGGCCGUGGGGUCCACGUACAAGAUGGCAAAAUAGUGAAGAACAGCGCCGCGACGAACUACGACGUCACUGAGAAGAUGAUCACGCCGCUGGGUGGAUUUCCUCACUACGGUGCAGUCAACAAUGAUUUCCUCAUGCUGAAGGGCUGCGUCAUGGGCACUAAGAAACGUGUGCUCACUCUCAGAAAGUCCCUUCUGGUGCACAGCAGCCGUCGGGCUCUGGAACCCAUCGAACUGAAGUUCAUUGAUACCACUUCCAAGUUUGGCCACGGCUGCUUCCAGACUGCUCAAGAGAAGAGAGCUUUCAUGGGCCCCCAGAAGAAACACCUGGUGAAGGAGAAGCCAGAAUCCCAGGAAGAAUUGUAGAGGAUUGAAAUACACAUGGCCACCUUAACCUGGCACCUCCAAUAAAGGGACUUCAAACCAGG